UGCCCAGGGGAAAACACUCACUCGCAGCAGAGCAAGUUAUAAACUCGACAAUUCUGCGCUGAGUAAAGGCUGUGUUUAACGACUUGGAGCAGAAAAGUGCAGACAUUUACAUAGUUUAAACGUGUCGCUGGCCCUUUGCUUGCUAGCCCUCCUCCGCCAUUUUGUGUCAGCCGAAUGCUAAUAAUGGGCGCUCAGGCAUUUACUACACUUUAUUUAUGGUCGGAAUAAAAUUCAGUUUAACACUUUAAAACGAGAAACAAACCAUUUUAAGCGGAGUUUUAAGCCCAUUUUCGGCAGGACGCGGCCACCCUGCGUGCGCGCGAGCUGCUGAUUUAAUUUGAAUUCAAACGGUCGUUUUAGUUCGUUAUUACAGCCGUGCCUCACAGCCUUCACUGUACAUGAGCUAAAAACGCCCAAACCUGCAGUUUUCCAGCGGAAAACACGGAGAUACGUGACAUUUCCACUGAAGGACCUCCACAAGUCUGCGGGCAUCACCCAGCCUGCACCUUUCACGAGAUUCUUUAAAAACAGCGGAAAGCUGAACUUGUUAGUCUAACUUUUAUUCCGCCCUUCUGCCCCAGUUUUAAACCCCCAGAUUGCGAAAAGGAAAAUGGGAAAAUGACAGACGCACCUCCCAAGGAUGCCUCUGCCCCCGGAACAGACUUUGACAUGAUGACUGCACUUGAUUGGAAGGAUGGCAUAGCUACAUUGCCUGGCAGUGACAUCAGGUUCAGAAUGACAGAAUUUGGCACAUUGGAAAUUGUAACGGAUCCAGAACCUAAAGAUAAAGACCAGCCAGCAUGCCCACAGACUGAGACUGCAACCUCCAAGAGCAACCCAUUAUCUGAACUUAACCGACCACCCAACCCCUCAAAUCAGACCCAUCCAGCACCCAUAGGUGCACCAGGAGAGACUGUGGCUCCCUCUGGUCAGCAGGCACAGGCAGUGGGUUCUGUUGCAGUUGGCACUUGCCCCGAGGAAGGCACCAGCACAGAGUUGGGCAGGUGUAAGACCUGUGGACAUUCUGGUUCCCUGUCAUCUUUUCUCCAGGGAAAAUUCUGCAGUCCUGCAUGUGUUCAGCCUAGCAGUGGCAGGUCAACUCCAGCUGAUACCGGAGAAGGUGAGCGUUUAGGUAAACGUGUCCGGAAGAAGAAGAAGAUGUUCAUGGAGUCUGAGGAAGAGGAUGAGGACAACAUCGAAGAAGAGGAGGAGAGAGUUAAAACUUCAAAAGGCAGAAAAGCAGCUAAAAUUGCCAGAUUAGUAACGACGGCUCCAGUGAAAAAGAAGGCUUGGAGUUGGCCUGCUUAUUUAGAGGAGGAGAAAGCAGUGGCUGCACCCUUGAAACUUUUUAAAGAACACCAAUCCUUUCCACAGAGCAGGAACAUGUUUAAAGUGGGAAUGAAGCUGGAAGGUCUGGACCCUUGUCAUCCUGCCCUCUUCUGUGUGCUUACUGUGGCAGAGGUCCAAGGUUAUAGAAUAAGACUUCAUUUCGAUGGUUACCCUGAGUGCUACGACUUCUGGGUGAAUGCAGACUCCUGGGAUGUGAAGCCGCCAGGCUGGUGUGAAAAGAUGGGCCUCAAGCUGCUGCUACCUAAAGGUUGCAGAGAUGGAGAAUUUAACUGGAAUACUUAUGUUAAAAAUUGUAGAGGCCAGCUGGCACCCAAACAUCUCUUUAAAAGUCUUAAUACAUCAGUGACCCCCUCAGGUUUCCGUGCUGGGAUGAAGUUAGAAGCUGUCGACAGGAAAAAUCCAUCACUCAUCUGCGUAGCAACCAUCUCUGCUGUUGUGGAUAACCGUCUUCUCAUUCACUUUGACAACUGGGAUGAUACAUAUGAUUACUGGUGUGAUGCUAGCAGUCCAUAUAUUCAUCCAGUUGGAUUCUGUGAAGACACAGAGUUAACACUGACCACACCUGCUGAAUACAAGCAACCAAAAAGUUUCUCGUGGGAGAAAUACUUGGAGGAGACUGGAUCCCAGGCUGCACCAGCUAGAGCCUUCAAACAGAGACCCCCACAUGGCUUCCAGGUGGGGAUGAAGCUGGAGUCAGUGGACAAACGCAACCCCAUGCUUAUUCGUGUAUCUACUAUAUCUGAUUUAGAGGAUUUCAGAGUGAAGAUUCAUUUUGAUGGCUGGACUGAGGAGUAUGAUUACUGGGCUGAUGCUGAUAGCCCAGACCUGCAUCCUGUGGGUUGGUGCCAAAAGACUGGUCAUCCUCUUCAACACUUUAAUGGUUCCAGUGAACCCCCAGCACCCCCAGGACAAGGCUGCCCUACUCCAGGAUGCAAUGGUGUAGGGCACAUCAAAGGGCCGCGCUAUGGAACACACUACACGGCUGUAAGCUGUCCAUACUCAGAACUGAACCUAAAUAAAGAAGGGCUUGUACCGGACAGGCUAAGCGGAGAGAGACCGGUCACUCUUAGUGGACCUCCAAGACAUCGUCGGACUGAGUCACUUAAUCAAACAUCUGCUCAUACUCCCACUGGGAACAGCCUAGAGCCCACGGAAAGCCCAGACAACCCACUGCCAGCAAGAACUACCACCACUGCAGCCAAAUGUGUGAAGCCCCAUCAGGUGAAGCAUGAAGGAAAUGGAAAAGACUCUCUGCAGCAGUUCUUGCAUGACUCUGUGUUCUGCGGAUGGGAACCGCCCAAGUUUCAGCAAUGUUGGGAAAAGCACGGCAAACUGCUGCCUGAAGCCUUAGGCCUUAAUGCCAAGACUGUGGCCAAGUGGAACACAGAAGAGGUUGCCACAUUUGUACGGAAGUUACCAGGCUGCAGGGAACAUGCUACCAUUUUCAGGAAUGAGCAAAUUGAUGGUGAGGCCUUCCUCCUUCUCACCCAGUCGGACAUCGUUAAAAUUUUAAGCAUCAAGUUAGGCCCAGCUCUCAAAAUAUACAACUGUAUUCUAAUGCUGAAGAGCGCGGAUGAGGAGUAGCCCAGCCCUCAAGUGUCAGCGGAUCAGACUGGUGUCCAAUCAUUUUUCCUGAAUCUUGUCCCACCUGUGUCCAAUCCGUACACUUAGAAGGAUGGCAAGUUGUGGCUGUAAGAUAAUCUAGCAGAAAGACUUUUACAGUGAUUUAUCUGGUAAACUGCUGGUGUACACUGAUUGAUUGAUUGUCCUCUCCUAAAACUAAGCAAUCAAAAUGUUUCAAAAGAGUGGGAGGACCAUGUUGCUGCUGCACAGAUACAGAUCUAACUUUGUCUUUAUCCACAUUUUUGCUCCUAACUUGCUUCACAUUGCCAUUAGCAAUGCCAUUACUUUAACUUAAUUUAUUUCCUCUUGUUUGAUAGACUGGUUGCUUUGUGAGCUUUUUUGGGCUGGAGAGUGCAUAGUCCUGAGGUACCAUAACGUCAGUUAAUUAUUAAUAGUAUUUAUGAUUUUAUGGUUAUCAAAUUUCUGCUUAAAUGGUGUUGGAAGUGUGAAUAAAUUCCACAUUAGUGGAUCUUUUUACUUGAAAUGUACAAAGUAAUUUUUAGAAAGAUGCAAAAACCACAUCUUUGUAAAUGAGCACACACUUCCCAAAAUGGUCAGAAUGAGUAUGUAUAUGUAAGACCAUUAUGAUGUGUGUGCAUGUGUGUGUUUGUGUGAGUGUGACCACUUAUGUAAAAUUAUGAAAGACUAUGCAUGAAAGAGAGUGUGCUUUUUUUCCUCUCUAUUGCGUUGAGGAAUCUCUUGGUUUGGGGAAAAUCUUUCAAUGAAUGUUUCAGUUGGUGUGUAUUAUUAGUAUGAAAUUUGUGCUUUGUGAAAUUCAUUUAGAAACUGUAAAUUUGCUGUACAGUAAAUUCCUCCAUGUGAUCUACAGAUAUGUGUUUUGAUCCUCAGAGGACCUGACGGAAUGUGUGUGAGUGUACAGAACAAAACUUGCUGAAAGGUUUAACUGAAAAUUUACAGACCUAAUGUAAGCUAUAGUGCUCAAUGGAGUCUGAUGAAAUAAAAUGAAGCUCUGAUUUAAA